AUGGUCUUUACAAGGCGCCGGUCGUCGAGAUUGCUCGGCACUCCACAGCGCGGUGGCAGCGUUCAAAUCAUAACAGCAACGGAGCGUAUCGAGACGACGGCAACUGCCACACCAUCCCAUCUUCCUUCUCUGUGCGAGCGAGAUGAAACUCCCGAUCCUAUCACCACAGCGAUUCCGAGUGUCCUGAAGACUCCGCAGACGGAAAAGAAGCAUACGUCCUUCUUCGCCAACUUUACUACACGCACACCAAAGAACAAAACGCCCAUCCAGCCCAGCAAUGAGGAAAUGCACCCACACCAUCAUCAAGCGAGCACAGCGAAGCCAUUGGACGAGGCCCGCUGGUUGGGAUUUCUCAACAAGGGAGCACAUACCGAGCCAGUCAAAGGCGUGAACAAGAUCCCCGCCGUAGAUGUCACACCUUCAAAGACACCAGAUCCUUCUAAGAAUCCCUUCUCGUCACCCGACUUCAAGUUCACAUUCAGGAAGCAGUCACUGGAGCUCAGUCCUGCGGCUCGGAAGAUGAUGGCAGAGAGCCGAGAGGAAGCCGCAAAAGUACGGGCUCAGAUGGUCGCUCAGCAGGACGAGUUCGCGGCCAGGCCGGCAGUUGAGGACGCGACGGGACGAAAGAUUGCUCAGGCCAAAGGCAAAGCUAGCCGGUUCAGCGAUGUCCACAUGGCUCAGUUCAAGAAGAUGGACUCCAUCGCCAACCAUCCGUCAGCGUUCCGUACGGACCCAAUCCGGGCUGUCCAAGGCGGCACAUCCCUCAAGCGGACUCAGUCCAAGGCAGAUCUGGGGGGUCGCGAGAGUGGGCCGUCUCGUACCAAAUCCCAAAAGUCGCAACACCCAGCACGUGAAGAAGUCAUGUCGGGUCCAGCCAAGCGGGCCAAGCACCGGCCGGAAGACGACACCUCUGUUGCGCGUCCAGUAUCUCGUGACACUACCUCAGAUGAAAGCAAGCCGUCCACACCUAAGGGCAUGGGCCUGAUCCGGUCCAAGUCUGGUAUUCCUCAACUGACCUCCAGUCUCACGACUCCCACCAAAGCCUCCCUUGCUCGCUCUCAGAGCGUCAAGUCUAUGAAGACGUCUAUGAUCCCAUCGCUCGCUCGAUCGCCUUCUGUGAAGUCUCUCGCCGACCCACAAGUAGCGGAUGCUAGGCGGGAAGAUUACGCUUCUCGUAUGAAGUCGGCUGUAAAGUCAAUCCUACGCGGCCCCCAGCGGCUCUACUCGAAUGAUCCGGCUAAGAUUGCUGCUGGUACUCACAUCGCUACGCCGAAAGGCAAAGUCGACCUCAACAAGGAUCUUCCCAGCGUUCCCGCGACUGCUCCUGUAGCAAAGCACGUCAACUUCACAUCGAGUACUCUUUACAAAGCUUUGCAUGAUGAUGCUGCUCUGGCAUCUCCUUCCGCGGCGCAUUCCGCAGCUAGAUCUGCGUCUGAGAAACCGGAACGCAUGGCUUCACCAAUCCCUUAUCCCAGCUUGCCGGAUCGUGAAACGAUCACGAAUCCAAAUGCUUCGCGCAGACUGACCACGGGCGGCAUACCCGCAGACUUCACCUUCCGCUCCGACAAGCCCAUCUCCUUCGGCCCAGCGACCGCAGGCAAAGGAACGAUCCGACCAGUCCGCAACAGCGACGCCGUGUCCUUUGCCAAUCUUCCUGGCAUGCCUACUGGGGCUUCGCCUGUGAAGCGUAAGCUGGAAUCGGUGAAUGAGACCUCCGAUAAGGAGAACGAGGAAGAGGAGAGCCGUCCUGUAAAGAAGUCCAGACCAACCGAGCAGCCACCGGCACCGAAAGCGCCCGCUAGCCGGCUUCCUAAGCGUAUGAAGCGUCAGAGCGGCUUGAGCCAGGCCAGGCUCAACAUGCUUGCUAUGCCGAAGCGAAGGAACGUCUGA